AAGGCGAAGUAGCAUGUUAGGUUGAAUAGUACCUCUGGAACAACACUUUCCUACCACUCAUUUAGAUGUUGCUGGUUUGUGGUGGGCUGUACAUGUACCUCGGAUUUGGAAUUUUCUUUAACAUUUCAGAGGUGCUGACGACGCUGUAAACUAAAGUGUGAACAUGUCUGUCGCGUUAGCAAGGAUACUGUUUUAUCCCACAUUAGCGUAUAAUGUUGUCAUGGAAAAAGUAUCCUCAAGACGGUGGUUCAAUCGCGUGGAUCAGACUGUCAUUCUAGGAGCCCUGCCUUUCAAAUCAAUGACUAAGGAGGUAGCUAGCUAAUGAAUUUUGGCUACUUGUAGCUGGCAUGCACGCGCUACUGAUUUUCUAAUGUAAAAAAAAAACAUUGCCAUCAACAUUAUGUUCUACUUCCAGCUGGUGCAGACAGAAAAUGUCAGGGGGGUGAUAACCAUGAACGAGGAAUAUGAAACAAAAUACUUCUGCAACUCAGCUGAGGUGAGCUGAUUAUUUACUUCCUAUGAAAAUCAAUGGCCCUCUUGGAGAGAGGUGUGGAGUCUUAUUUCAGUCCUGCUCUAUAAGCUACCUACUCGGCAGCUCAUCAUCAGGACCUUGAUAAACUGAUUCAGGUGUGGUAGAGCAGAGUUAGAACAAAAGCCUGUCUAUGUGGGUUGGCCCUGCUCUAUCUGUUGGUACAGUAAUUUAAUAGCCACAUAAAUAAAUACAGAACCUCUGAUUUAAAAAGAGCUAAAUGGUGCCAUUGUAGGCAAGGUCUGGGGAAUGUCCUGUAUGUUCAUGUGGACAAGAAACAUUGCUUGUUAUGAGUUUUAUCGUAGGAAAUGUGAAGUUGUAUUAGAAACAGCUUUGUUUGUUUUGAAACAGGAGUGGAAAGCCGAGGGGGUGGAGCAGCUGCGACUCAGCACAGUGGACCUGACCGGUGUGCCCAGUCUAGAGAACCUGCACAGAGGAGUGGAGUUCGCACUCAGUCACCGGGAAAAGGGCUCCAGUGUGUAUGUCCACUGUAAGGCUGGACGCUGUCGCAGUGCUACACUAGCUGCUGCAUACAUCAUACGGGUGAGUCAGUGGCUUUGUCCAGCAAACGACAGUCUUUGCUUUCCAUCGACUGCCACUGCUGGCUAUCCAGAUCAUCACUAGUACUGAAUUAGUUGCAUCUACUUAACUUGUACAUCAGUUUGUUGGUCUGUUUACAGAUACACUGCUGGAGUCCAGAGGAAGCAUGUCAGAUGUUGGCCUCUGUCCGACCACAUGUAAUAAUUCGUUCUGCACAGCUGGAGAUGCUUCGGCGGUACCAUCAGCAAGUCUGUGGCGGUGGUUCCAUUUAAGAGUGUUGAGAGGCUGCCAGCAUACUUUAUUGCACUCUUACAGAAACUGUAAAAUGAGCUUUGUCAAGACAAACAAUGUGCUGGUUGAAGGGAUUUUUGACCUUGAGCUCAUUCUUUAUUACAUAGUUUUGUUACUCUACUGGAUCAAGUGCAUUGUAUAAUUCUCAAAUGUUUUGUAUAAUUCAAGUGUUUUAUCACAGCUCAUCAGAACAUGAGGUAUAAUAAAAUGCAGUGUCCAUCGAAGUACUGACAGGUGGGUGAGGGGGGUGUAUUUAAAAGCAUGUUUCUACACAUUUAUUAAUCUUCCUUAAUAGGAAAUUUGAUUACAAUUUCUAUGUUAAGAAAAUUAGUUUUGUUUUGAUUGUUACUAAUUUCACUGAUGGGUUGUAAAAAACGUCUUGGAAAAUAAUGACUUAUUAUUAUAAAAGGAUAGCUAUUGAUACUUCAUCCAUUGAAACAUAACCGGAGUGAACGUGGGGCCUAAUUGUCUGGAAAGCCGAUGUUGAAGUGAGCUUUUGAAUCAGGAAAGUUUCCGCUCACGACCUCUACAAACCAGAAUGUUACAUUUACAUUUACAUUUUAGU